ACUUGACAGACUGACCUGACCGUCCAUGUCACUUUACUCUUCUUGAAAGUAGACAGCCUCAUCUUCUUUCAUCAUAUAUCCAUCUCUCCCGUGCUUCUCUGUUUCCCCCAUCCAAUUUGCUGUCUCCGAGCAGCAGCUUGAGUUCAGCCAAGAUGUCAGCCUCUCUUGCACCUGAAUGCAACGAGGUGAAAGAGCGCUACGACACAUGCUUUCUAAAGUGGUACAGCGAAAAAUACCUCCGGGGUGUCGGCAGUGACAACAAUGAGUGCGCCGACUUGUUUAAGAACUACCAAAGUUGCUUAACGACGGCCAUAAGGGAAAGAGGAAUCGACAAGCUGGUCGACGAGGCACGGGAAGACCAGAAGGAGAACGACGCCAUACACAUGAAACGAAAAUGUGAGAAUACAAUGAGCCUUUCAUACCCCCGGCAGGACUGCAAUUAUUCACUGGGAUACUUGGUGUUCAAGGAACUGAUUUGGGAGGGUGAGGAAAUGGGUACAAGUUGGAGCCACGGAGAGCGUUUUAUGUGCUUACAUGUGAAAUAUAUUUCGAUUUUAGACGCAUCUCAACUUUAAUUGCUUAUUCACAUUUAGGUACACAACUGGC